AUGACCAACCUUUCUCUGCUCUUGCUGCUGCUCUGCGGAUUGGGGUCUCAGGGCUUCCCAGCAAACUCAGAAACACAAGAAAAAGAUCUGGAGACUGUCCAGAACUAUUUGGAAAAAUUCUAUAACUUGAAGAAUGAUGGGACCCAAAUACCAAGACAGAAAAGCAAUGGGCCAGUGGUUGAAAAGCUGAAGCAAAUGCAGAAAUUCUUUGGAUUGAAGAUUACUGGGAAGCCAGAUGCUGAAACCCUGAAUAUAAUGAAGCAGCCCAGAUGUGGGGUCCCUGAUGUGGCUCCGUUUGUCCUCACUAGUGGGAAUCCUCGCUGGGAGAAGAAACAGCUGACUUACAGGAUUGAAAAUUACACACCAGAUUUGCCUCAUGCUGUUGUGGACAGUGCAAUUGAGAAAGCCUUUCAGCUCUGGAGUAAUGUCUCACCUCUGACAUUCACCAAGGUCUUUCAGGGUGAAGCAGACAUAAUGUUAUCCUUUGUCUAUGGAGAUCAUAGAGACAAUUCUCCCUUUGACGGACCUGGAGGAAACCUCGCUCAUGCUUUCCAGCCAGGCCCAGGUAUUGGAGGGGAUGUGCAUUUUGAUGAAGAUGAAGAAUGGACCAAUGAUUUCAGAGAUUACAACUUGUAUCGUGUUGUGGCUCAUGAGUUGGGCCAUUCCCUGGGACUGUCUCAUUCUACAGAUAUUGGAGCUUUAAUGUAUCCUAACUACAUCUUCAGUGGUGAAGUUCAUCUAUCUCAGGAUGACAUCAAUGGUAUCCAGACCAUCUAUGGUCGCUCCUCAAAUGAUUCCAGCAACCCAAUAGGCCCUCAAACUCCACAAGCAUGUGAUAGUAAGCUUACCUUUGAUGCUAUAACUACAGUUCGUGGAGAAGUGAUGUUCCUCAAAGAUAGGUUCUACAUGCGCAUAAAUUCUUACUACCCUGAAGUUGAGCUCAACUUCAUUUCUGUUUUCUGGCCUCAUCUGCCAAAUGGAAUCCAAGCUGCUUAUGAAGAAGCAAAUAGGGAUGAAAUAAGGUUUUUCAAAGGUCAUAAAUACUGGGCUGUGCAGGGACAGAAUGUGCUGCAUGGAUACCCCAAAGACAUCUACACAUCCUUUGGCUUCCCUAAAAGUGUGAAGAGUAUUGAUGCUGCUGUUUCUGAGGAAGAAACGGGGAAAACAUACUUUUUUGUUGCAAACAAGUACUGGAGGUAUGAUGAACACAGACGAUCCAUGGAUGCCGGUUAUCCCCAAAUGAUAGCUCAUGGCUUUCCUGGAAUUGGCAACAAGGUUGAUGCUGUUUUCAUUAAAGAUGGAUUUUUCUAUUUCUUCCAUGGAACAAGGCAAUACAAAUUUGAUCCUAAAACUAAGCGAAUUUUGACUCUUCUGAAAGCUAAUAGCUGGUUCAACUGCAGAAAUAAUUGA